AUGUUGAAAGGAGCGUUCAUCCCUUCCAUGCAAAGCCGCUCGCCCAGUGGUACGAAGGAAAGGGGAGCAAGUAUCCCAAAAAGAAUGAGAUCACAACACAGGACGAGGAACAAGAGCGCCACAAAGAAGGUAUCGUUCAACCCGAUAGUGCAGUACCAUGCCGUCUUUGCUCUUUCCAAUGCGGAGAAAAGUGGUGGUUGGUAUACAGACGUCUAUUUUACUGCAGCUAGAGAAAGAGAAGAAUCCAUUCGAAAAUGGCUUUCGUUACACCAUCAUAGUCUGGUUGUACAGAAUGAAGACGAUUUGAAUGCUCAGGGAAUCUUGACGCAGAGCGAUGUCUGGAAGAAGAUUCGCGCUAUUGACGACUCUGUUCUAGACGUUCUUGGUGAACAAGAUGUACAAGAAGCCAGGCUCAACUUGUCUAGAAACAAGAAGAAUAGGAAACGUGGCAAAGGACGAGACGGUUCGUUGUCUAUGUUUUCACGGAAUAUGGCGAAGAUCGCAAAAGUGUAUCGGUCGCACUCCCAGCAAGCCUUGAAGGAAGCACAGAGCAGAGCUUGCCGCCAUGAACAGCAUUUGAAAGAAAUCGCUCACGAUCCGUCGAUGCCGUCGCUGUCAUUUUCACGUGGCCGGCAGUCAAACGCUCGCAACACGCUGCCGAAGAAGAUGUCGUCAUCUGUGGUUGGGCUUAGAGAACAAAUAAUAAGGGCCCGACUGGCAUCUAGAGAUAGUUUCCUACUGGUGUCAGCAUGCGCCAACCCGGCUGCCUAA